UAUCUUCUCAAACUAAAAGUGAGAUGUUCAUAAAGCCAUUCUGACAAUUUAAUAUUUGGGAUAUUUUUUUUUCUAGUUUAGAAACCUCCAGGCUUUCAAAGGUAUUAAAUAUAUCUAGCGAUAACAAACUCCAUGCUAACUUUUAAAAGUCACAUACAGAGUUGGAAAAUCAAAUUCUUGUUCCCAUGGAAAAUCCAAUACUUAGAAGAGACAAGUAAUUCUAGUUUUAGAAUUAACUUUCAAAAUUGGAUCAGAAUAUUCAGUUUCAACACACUUUAGGCUACUGUUAUUCUUCAUGUUGAGAGUCACUUAUGUGGGAUAUUAAAGUAAAAACUGAGCAAAUCUAAAAUUACACCAUGGAUGUAAAAUUACCCAUGGGACGUUUGUUUUUUUUCUCAAAGUUUUCAACUGAGGUCUACACAUUCCUGCUCAAAUUGCAUCAUUUAGGAUAGUGGUGAGAUUCUGUGAAAAAUGUUUACAGCAAGGAUUAUUUGUAAGAAAAAUCCAUUGAAAAUGUUAUGUACGCGCACACAUUCUUGCUUUAAAUGACAGGUAUCCGAAAGUGCAGGCUAAAAUGCAAGAGGAAGUGGAUAGGAUUGUUGGAAGAGACCGUCUGCCGUGUGUUGAAGAUCAGCCUCACCUGCCCUACAUCAUGGCUUUCCUGUACGAAUCCAUGCGUUUCAGCAGCUUUGUGCCUGUGACUAUCCCGCACGCCACCACAACCAACACCUUCAUCAUGGGCUACCUCAUUCCCAAGGACACCGUCAUCUUUGUCAAUCAGUGGUCGGUGAAUCACGACCCAGCAAAAUGGUCCAACCCGGAGGAUUUUGAUCCAACAAGAUUCCUGGAUGAGAACGGGUUCAUCAAUAAAGAUCUCACUAGCAGCGUGAUGAUUUUCUCCUUGGGAAAGCGUCGGUGUAUUGGAGAGGAGUUGUCCAAGGUGCAGCUCUUUCUCUUUACCUCCAUACUGGUGCAUCAGUGCAAUUUUACUGCUAAUCCAAACGAGGACCCUAAAAUGGACUUUACCUACGGGCUGACCAUUAAACCUAAGCCCUUCACCUUGAAUGUUACGCUUAGAGGUACGAUGGAUUUGCUAGAUCAGGCUGUCCAAAGACUACAAGCAGAGAAAGCAGCCAGUGAAAGUCAGCUGUCAGCAAAUGCCUAAGCAAUAAAACCUUGCAUCUAUGGAUAAUCUCCCUCUCUUUUUAGAUUUGUAUAACUCAGAGCUUGUUCUGGUAAUAUUUUUGGUACGUAGCCAAUAUUACACAUUAUAAAAGCAGGAAGAAAAGUUGCACAAGGUAUAUUUCAGUCAUCUUUUUAAUUCUAGAAGGAGAGCCAGGGGAACAAUAUAUUAAAUGGUAAAACAUAUGCAAUUUGAAAGUAAGCCUUUUCUUUUCUAGCUUGUUCACAGAAGUUAUCAUUGUAAAGUGCUUUUUAUCUACUGACUGGUUGGAGCAUCUCCAGGAACUGUCUCUAUAAUCCUUUCCAUGUCUCCAUCCACGAUGCCUUAACUCUAAGUUUGCCUUCAGUGACUCCACAUUCAGAAGUGAAAUUUCUUAUUAAAAACAAACAAAAGCAGGUGCUCAGAACACUGCAGCCUGCUUCUGAA